AUGGCUUUACAAUGGGAUAAACUAUCACCGGCUGAAUUUCAACAGCUUCAAGAUUUAGCCUCAUAUUCCACGAAAAAACUUCAAGAUGUUCUUUUGGAAUUUUGCGGACCUGGAAAAACAGAGGGUCAAUUAAAUCCAGAUGGGGAUAUUGACUAUGAUGGUUUCAAAAAAUUCCUCGACACAUUCUUAGAAGUAAAAACACCAGAGGAUCUUGCAAGGCAUUUAUUUUUAUCAUUUGUAAAACGGGGAACGAUUCAACCACCUCAUGUUGAUGGUAAAGCAUUUAAAGAAAUGGCGGUUUUAAGUUCAAAUACAGCAUUUGCACCAAUAACAUCACAUUCAAAAGGAUCCACCCCAAAUGUAAAUGCUUGCGGUACGGCUGCAUUAACACAAGAAAUUACAGAAAAAAGCAACACAUAUAGCGGUAUGAUUGCAGAAAAAAUACAUGGGCUUACAGAAAAAUUACAUUCAUUUGGUCAUCAUCGAAGUGAUUCGGAUACAUCCUCAAGAAUUCGAACAGGUAGUGUGCAUCCAAUGUUAACAGUCACGCAUACGUCAUAUUCAUGUCAUGAUGUUUUAUUGGAUAAAAAAAGUGCAGAUUCCUCACCAAGUCACAGUCAAAUAUCAAGAAAUUCAUCAAGAAAAAAAUUAAGACAUUUUGUGCCAAAACAAAGCACUAUUGAUGUACAUUCCGUGCACGUAUCCUUGAAGGAUAUUGUAUGCUAUUUAUCGUUACUAGAAGCAGGGAGACCAGAAGAUAAACUUGAAUUGUAUUCUUUUGUAAGAUAA